UACAGUUUAUCACAAAGUUUUUGGAUCUCCAAAGUUAACAUGUUCUCAUCAGCAGCUCUAUCCGAUUCUGAUCUCGCAGUUCUUGAAUCAAUUCGACAACAUCUUUUCGAAGAUACGGAUGUUUUAGAGUGCUGUUUCGAUAAUACAAGUCCAUGCAGUGAACAAACUUAUGGGAGCGAGGUCAGCUUAGAUGAUCUGUUGAUGGAUGAAGAGAACACUGAUCAAGUGGCUUCGUUUAUUUUCGACUUUUCGAAAGAAACAAGCUGUUGCAGCUUGGAUGAUUUUGAUAUUAUUCAAGGCCCUUUGUAUAAUGAUCCGGUGGAAUUUGAGGAUCCUGGGAAAAUUGAAUUGGAAGUGGUGGCGGCUGAGAAUGGCGCGGCACAGAAGUGGCAGCGUUACAGGGGUGUGAGGCGACGGCCGUGGGGAAAGUUUGCGGCGGAGAUAAGGAAUCCGGCAAAGAGAGGCUCAAGAAUAUGGCUGGGAACUUAUGACAGGCCUGAGGAGGCUGCAUUGGCGUAUGAUAAAGCGGCUUUUAAGUUGCGCGGUUCGCGUGCUAAACUUAAUUUUCCGGAUAUGUUGGAGCCUGUUGAUGUGGCUGCAAGAUGCCAAUCAACGGAGCCGACCGCCUCAUCCUCCUCCUCGUCGUCGACGUCGACCUCAGAUUUUCAGUCAUCAAAAAGAAGAAAAACGAGACCUCUUGCUUAAGAGUGGUAUUACAUCCGCAAAAUUGGAUGCAAAUUAAUUUUUGUACAAAAUGAUAUGACAGUAUAGGUGGAAUGUUUUAAUUGAUAUUAUGAAUGAAUUUUGUACAUAUAUAAAACAUUUUUCUUUGCUUAAUAUUACUGUCAAAAUUAGACGUAAAAACAGUUAGUUCAUAGGUUUGGGAUAUUUUUACACUUCUCUUCAAACACAUUGAAAAGUGUAAGGUAUCGGCUUCUUCCUCUAAAAGCCGCGAAAAUAUAUAGUAAAUCUGAGU